GCAUGGUUUAGCAUGUGAGCCACAUUGAGACACUGCUGAUUAAUUUCCAACCACCUACAGCAAGCAUUUUUAGAUUUAGCGACAGCGGACCUCUAGUGUGAGGAAGUGUUUCUUCUCUUCUAAAGCCCCCUUCUGUAGUGUUGAGUCAAAACACUCUCAGACCGCCACAGGAGGAAACACUCGUCAAGACCCGUCAGAAAACAGCAAUGACUAGCCUUUAUGGAUACCGUGUUUUCUACUCUGGAGUAGUGCUACUUGUUUUCUCUUAUGGUGUGAGUGUUCUGGCUGAGGAGAAAACACCGUUAGAGCGCAGAGCUGCUGCUGGGAGUUCCCUCAUUUUAACACUCGGAAAUCCAAACGAUUCUGUAUCAUUCGCACAGUGGAGAUAUAAUACAAACUUUUUUGCAACUUACAGAAAUAAACAACUUUCUAUUACUAAUGUACUGCAGUUCAGUGGAAGGCUAAAGGUGAACAGUGAUGAUCUCAGUGUAGAAGUGACAGAUCUUCAGCUCAGUGACUCUGGAAGAUACAGCAUUGUUUCAGAAAAAUCUCCGGGGGAUCAGCACCCAACAGAGACAAUCAUUCUGACCGUCUAUGAUGUGGUUAAGGUGGAGAUUAAGAGUGAACAGACUUGGAAAGCAGCUACAAACAGCUGUGAUGUUCAUCUUCAGUGUCGAGCGCCUGAAGAUCAGACAGUGUCCUACAGAUGGAGGGGUUUUAAGGAGGAGGAUGGAGCUCAGCUGAACUUCACUCUCAAACCAGAAGAGGGAGACGUUACUCUGAACUGCACUGCAUCCGGCAGCACCGGAAAUGGCUCAAACACGACCACAGUGAAAUGCACACCAAAAAAGCCCCCUAUAGGUAAGCCUGACGAUCCUAGCUUUGAUAUGCAGGUGAUAUGGAUUGCAGCAGCAGGAGGAGGCGCUGCUCUCCUUCUGAUCUUUGCCAUUACUGGAUUGACUUGUUGGUGGAAAUCACACAAAGAGCAAGACCUAGCUGACCCUGGGAGUACAGUGUAUGAAGACGUAAAUGUUGAAGGCACAUUAAGAAAACAGAGUAUAAAUAUAGCAUCCAUUUAUGAAACAGUCGAUGAGCACAGAAUUGCACACGAUAAGCCUCAGACGCUUUAUGACAAGGUGACAUUCGCACGCCCCCCUCCUUCCCUCCCCUCCAUGCCUUUGCCAGCUUCACAGUACCAACAUGUGCUGUGAGGAAUUCCACAAAUCUCAUCUGUUAAUAUUGAAUUUCUCUAAUUCUUCUUAUAAAAUAUAUUAUAUGUAUGUCUUGUCUCCUUUAAUAUUUGUGAUUUAUCAUUGUGUUUUGUACUGAACAGCAGGGGUCACUGGUCUCAUCUGUAAAGGGCCAGUAUUACUGCAGGUUUUAAUUCCAACCAAGCAGAAGCUCACCCUGUAUAAUAAAACAGCUGAUUAAAGACUAAGACUGCUUUAUUCAAGAGGUGGAAGAAGGUGUGCUUCUGCGUAUUGGAAUGAAAACAUACAUAGAUUAGAUUGUUGAUUUGAUUGGUGACCCCUGCUGUACAGUUUAAUGGAUCUGAUAUGGUUGAUGUACUGUAGCAAAUGUUUAUUGCAGAUAUAUAAGUGCCUUUACUGUUGUAUGUAAAGAAAUAUAAGCAAUACUUUAAAUGAUCUCUGCUACACUACUUGCAGAGUGAAGACCAGGACAUGCCACCUCUGGUACAUGUAAAGUCACCCAGUACCUCCUAUCCAAAUCCAAAUCCCCUCUCGCCUCCCCACGUUUUUAGAUGUUCUCCUAUCACGGCUGCAACACCACUUGUGUCAAUGUAAUAAUCAUUUUUAGUUUUGAGAAUGUUACUUUUAAUGUUUCCAUAAUGCUAGUAUUCAGCUAGCUUGGAAUGUUAUGUGAGAAACUUUCUAAUAAUGUUGAUGCAAACCAUUAUUACGUCACAUGUUUUCAAAACUUUAUUGGAAAAUCACUUCUUUAACAUUACAUUUAGAACCUUUUCAGAACAGAGAUAAACAUUUUUAUAACAUUUUCUGCUAGCUGGGUAGUCAGCGUGCUCAGAGGAAAGUGCAGCCACCCAGCUCCGAUACAGCCGCUAACAGAAGCCUGUGCUGAACAACACCACAGAGCUCCAUCUACCCACCCAGAGAGAGCAUGGCCAAAUGUGCUCUCUCAGUGGUUUAGUACACUAAAGCUACUUUUGAAAGACUCUGACAACAGAGUGUAAUCAUGUGUAAUCAUUCUGCUGGCUGUUCCACAUGGACACGAUUCAGCAAAACACUUACAAACUUGGCUGGGCCUGUUCUUCAGCACAUUUAGCUAACCAUUCUUAAAGUCACAUAACCAUGUAAGGGCUUGAAGACUGAGAAAUCUGCCUAGCCAAUUGCCUAGUUGGUUUGAGCAACCAUUAGUGGUGUUGGAUGUGCCUGGCUGGUACUGGCUAUCACAGCCAUCUGUUGGCUGAUAUAUCAGAGCUGGGGAUCCAGUGCUUUUCUCAGAGUGUGUUGGGUUCCUAGCGAUGUCACCGAUGCUGCAUCAGCAGCUUUAGGAAAAGAGGCGAUGUAUGAUUUUACAUGUAUUGCAGGGGACAAAAAACCCUUGUCCUCAUUCUGCUAGUGUUGCAUGUGCUAGGUGGAAUCCCAGUGAGUGUGUGGGUUAAUUGAACUGGGGUGGCUUAAAUUGGGGAGAGAUUUUGAGUAAUAAUUUUUAGAAUUGUGCAAUCAAAGCCAGCUUGGUUUAUCUACAUCAAAGACAAUUACAGCAGUAAUACUGUGAGGCCUAUAUCGACUGAUAUUCACUGUUUGGUUAUAUUAAUGUACAGUAUGUAUACACCUAAUAAAAAGCUAUUUAGUUUCAUUUAAAUAAUGUUGCUGUAUACU